AGCCGUUGCUGGCUUCUUACCGCCUGGCUACACUCUAAUAUUGUAACCUAACGAAAGCUAUUAUUGGGCUUUUAAUCGAUCCAGCAUUCUCCCCGAUUGAACAGGCAUCAUGGUCUGAUUUCACCAGAGACGAUUUGGAACAAAAAAACCCAUUUGAAAGGUUUGUCUCGAGUAGGGAGUUCUUGUGUGGGAUAACAAAAUCAGUGAUGUAUAUCUGAAACUUUCAUCACAUGGGUUCCUAUCGUGUGUUGACCAAAUGGUUUAAUCACCAGGACUAAAAAUGAGCAUAAGUAGCGAUGAGGUUAAUUUCCUGGUUUACAGAUAUCUUCAGGAGUCAGGGUUCUCUCACUCUGCAUUCACCUUUGGCAUAGAGAGCCACAUUAGUCAGUCCAACAUUAAUGGAGCCCUGGUGCCCCCUGCUGCCCUCAUCUCCGUCAUCCAAAAAGGCUUGCAGUACGUGGAGGCUGAAGUCAGCAUCAAUGAGGACGGGACCUUAUUUGACGGCCGGCCAAUCGAGUCGCUGUCUCUCAUCGAUGCUGUGAUGCCAGAUGUGGUCCAGACCAGGCAACAGGCAUACAGGGACAAGCUGGCCCAGCAGCAGCAGCAGGCGGCGGCAGGCAGUGGCAGCAGCUCAGGGCCUCAGGGAGGCACCAAGAAUGGCGAGGGCGCUGCCAACGGCGAGGAAAACGGUCCUCAUGCUUUGGCUAAUCACCACUCAGAGAUGAUGGAGGUGGACCGCGACGUGGAGAUUCCCCAGAAUAAAGCCAUGGUACUCAGGGGCCAUGAAUCUGAAGUUUUUAUCUGUGCCUGGAAUCCUGUUAAUGACCUCCUGGCUUCAGGCUCCGGGGACUCUACAGCUCGUAUUUGGAACCUGAGUGAGAAUAGCACAAGUAGUUCAACUCAACUGGUCCUGAGGCACUGCAUACGAGAAGGAGGACAGGACGUACCAAGCAACAAAGACGUCACCUCACUAGACUGGAAUAGUGAGGGUUCUCUGCUAGCAACAGGCUCGUAUGACGGCUUCGCUAGAAUAUGGACAAAAGAUGGUAACUUGGCCAGUACGCUGGGCCAACACAAGGGUCCUAUUUUUGCACUUAAGUGGAAUAAGAAAGGAAACUUUAUCCUCAGCGCUGGAGUUGACAAGACCACAAUUAUAUGGGAUGCCCACACGGGAGAAGCAAAGCAACAGUUUCCUUUUCAUUCGGCUCCUGCGCUGGACGUCGACUGGCAGAGCAACAACACGUUUGCGUCCUGCAGCACGGACAUGUGCAUCCAUGUGUGUAAACUGGGCCAGGACAGACCGGUCAAGACCUUCCAGGGACACACGAAUGAGGUUAACGCCAUCAAGUGGGAUCCAACUGGCAGCCUGCUCGCGUCCUGCUCCGAUGACAUGACACUCAAGAUUUGGAGCAUGAAGCAGGAGUCGUGUGUCCACGACCUCCAGGCUCACAGUAAAGAAAUCUACACCAUCAAAUGGAGUCCGACAGGCCCCGGAACCAACAACCCCAGUGCCAACCUCAUGCUGGCCAGCGCGUCCUUUGACUCAACAGUGCGUCUGUGGGACGUGGAGAGGGGAGUGUGUAUCCACACACUGACCCGCCACCAAGAACCCGUUUACAGUGUGGCCUUCAGUCCCGACGGGAGGCACCUUGCCAGCGGCUCUUUCGACAAGUGCGUCCACAUCUGGAACACUCAGACGGGAGCUUUAGUCCACAGUUACCGGGGCACAGGAGGAAUCUUUGAGGUCUGCUGGAACGCAACGGGAGACAAAGUAGGAGCCAGCGCAUCAGACGGCUCGGUUUGUGUAUUAGAUCUGAGGAAAUAACACUUGUUUUGGGGAGCCAUGGACCGACUACGAAUGUGUACAUAGCCAAAAUGACUUGGUGUCCCUGCCUGUCCACCACACUGCUGUAGUCCCACCUGACGCCAUGGCCCGCCACUCAGACUGCCCCUUUCACUUGCACCGUUCUGGACAAGAUGCCCACCAGAGAGAAUCCAUGUUGGACCCAACAACCAAACCAAACCACCAGGAGUUUUCUUUCCUUCAGUGUUUUUUUUUUUUUUUUAAUGGAAUUCUAUAGAUUAUUUUCUCUGCAGCUGUGUGCAUAUUGCACAUGUCAGUGUUGUUGUCCUGUGGACAUUGUAGUUCCCCAUCUGGACUACUGGUCUGGUACCACGUGGGCCGAGAGAGAAGGGAGCCCAACGGUUCGUCAGGUUCCUUUUUAGUCAAAAGGUGCAGAUGUACAGUUUUUUUUCCUCCCCCCACUCUUUUUUGUCAUUUUUAACAAAAUAUGAAGCGUUGAAUUAAAAGCUAACUUUUCAGGUUUCAAAAUAUUCAGGUCAAUGUUUGAUUUUUUUUUUUUUUUUUAAAUGACUGCAGGUUGAAAAAACAAGUUAAGUCUUAAUACAAACUGAACUGUUGGACAAGUGGCGUCAUGUGACCGCUCCCUUUCUGGCAGCGUCUGUGGUGAGGGAGGAGGGCGAGGUUCGAGACAUUACCGGGAAAAUAGACCCAUAUAACCGCUCACAUCUGUUUGAUGGAAAUGAUGAUAGGUCUUAAUUGUGUUUUUCCUCAUUUAAUGGCUUGUUGCUAACCAAUGCUGAGUGAUAAUCAGAGUAAUUAGCGCUAAUUGUGUCCUGUUCCCCAGUGGGGGGAGGGGGGAGUGAUGCACCUUCAAGUUUUCUCACAUCACUCUGGGCGUCUCGUGUCGCAGAUGAGUCUGAAGUGACACGGCGUCUGCAGCAACAUGUGCUUUCACUGUUCCAUCAUGGGGGGGAUUUUCAGUCUCAAAUGCUGCGAAAACAAACCUUUCCUUGCCGUAAAACACCGUGAAACAGUCUCGGUGCAGAGGGUUUGUGUUCCGCUCUCUAGAGGUCUGUGUGAGAGGGUUUGUGUUCCGCACUCUAGGCGUCUGUGGCCGAAGCCCUCGGUGCAGAGGGUUUGUGUUCCGCACUCUAGACGUCUGUGGCCGAAGCCCUCGGUGCAGAGGGGGUUUGGGAGGGUGUCGUGACUCAUGUCAUUCCAGGUCCGGUUCCUUUCGAUUGGCUCCAGAUGCACGUUUUUACAAGCCCCAUUUGUACCAACGCUACAAAGGCUUUUGAAGUUUUGCUUUAAUGCCGUGAACCUCAACGACAGCGGAGCGGUGUUUUAUAAUGGUUUGUUAUUAGAGUAUACGCUUUUUACACUGCGAUGUGUUUGCUAUAAUGAUGUCAUGACGACUAACAUCGGUCUUUGAGAGCCCAUCAAGGUUUUUUUUUUUUUUUUUUUUGUACUUCUUGAAAUGUUUGUAACUCUGAUUUCUAGUCGCAUAUUUAAAGAAAAAAAAAGUCAAACACGGACGUCUUGUAACACAUGUAAAUACGGAUGUUGUGUUGUCGCCGCUCACUUGUUCUCUCUUUCUCUCUCUCACUCACACGGUUGCAGCCGCUGACGGGGCUGUCGCCACACAAGU